AUGGCUUCCAAAGACCUUCACUUCGUCUUGAUUCCUCUAAUGCAGCAAGGCCACAUGAUACCCAUGGUGGACAUUGCUCGAAUCCUAGCCCACCGUGACGCCACCGUCACUAUAAUCACAACUCCGGUCAACGCCAAUCGUUUCCGGUCAGCCAUCGCCCGGGCAAUCGAAGCUAAUCUCAAGAUCCAAGUUCUCGAACUCCAACUCUCAUUAUCUGAAGUCGGUUUGCCAGAAGGAUGCGAAAAUUUCGACAUGAUUCCUUCAUUCGACCUCUUUGUCAAAAUGUACGCCGCCAUGGACAUGCUAGAGCAACCGACGGAAAACCUUCUCCGGGGACUAACUCCCGCUCCAAGCUGCAUCAUCUCCGACAACCAAUUCCCAUGGACAACCGAUUUAGCUCAGAGGUUAGGUAUUCCCAGACUCGUUUUCCAUGGACCUGGAUGCUUCACGUUCUUAUGCUUACACAUUGUAAUGAAUACCAAUAUACUAAACGAAGUCGAAUCCGACUCCGAUUACUUCAUCAUACCCGGAAUCACCGACCGGAUUCAAGUUACAAAAGCACAGGCUGCGGGUUGGGGGAAAAGAGAGACGAAGGAGAUGGUGGAUUUCUUUCAACGAAUGGAAGUUGCAGAAGAAGCUGCGGAUGGAAUUGUGGUUAACAGUUUCGAGGAGUUGGAGCCUAACUACGUUGAAGAACUCUCAAAGGCAAAAAAGAAAAAAGUAUGGUGUAUAGGCCCUGUUUCUUUACAUAACAGAAGCUUCCUUGAUUUAGCUGAGAGAGGAAACAAAGCUGGAAUUGAUGAACACGAUUGCUUAAAGUGGCUUGACACGAAAGAACAAGGAUCUGUAAUCUUUGUUUGUUUAGGAAGUAUGUCAAGCAUUACCACAGAGCAAAUGUUUGAGAUUGGGUUAGGAUUGGAGUUAUCAAAAGUAGGCUUUAUUUGGUGUAUAAGAAACACAACAGAGGAAUCGGAAAGAUGGUUAUCAGAAGGAUAUGAAGAGAGAGUAAAAGGUAGAGGUGUAAUUAUCCGUGGUUGGGCCCCACAAGUCUUGAUAUUGUCCCAUAGAACCGUUGGUGGUUUUGUAACACAUUGUGGUUGGAACUCGACUCUUGAAGGUGUUUCUGCUGGGAUUCCGAUGAUUACGUGGCCACAAUUUGCGGAUCAGUUUUUGAAUGAAAGAUUUAUUGUAGAUGUGUUGAAAGUUGGAGUGAGUGUAAACAUGGAGGUUGGAGAGAAAGAUAAGUUGGUGAAGAAGGAAAACAUAAAGUUGUGUGUUGAAAUGGUAAUGGAGAAAGAAAGAGAAGGAGAAGUAAGAAGAAAGAGAGCUAGAGAAUUUGGAGAAAUGGCGAAGAGAGCUAUGGAAGAAGGUGGGUCUUCUCAUGUCAACAUGACUUUGAUGAUUCAAGAUGUUAUUCAUCAAUUAUUAGCAAAGAAUACUAAAGUUAUUUAA